AUGAUCUUCGUAAUCGAACCUGAAAAUGCUCUGGCUACCUCACCUGGCCCAACGGCCGUCGAUCUCGAUGCUCAGAUGAUCAAUGCGAGUCCCGACCCAUUAUACCGAGAAGGGCUGUUCACCUUUACCUUGACCGAAGGAGCGAAUAUCAUCAAUCCUACACCUGCGAUCGAGAUGGCUCCACCAACUACGAUGUCCCUGGCAAGUCAAUCAGCAGUGACUAUCAUCCCUACCUCAAGUGAUGAUGUUUCAACAUCAACAAGUAAAGAGAUGAUGAUCACUCGACCUGCCAAUCCUACUCUUCCCACCACUCAAGCUAUAUUCACUUCCACUCUCUCAUCAACCUCAGAAAAAGGCGGUAUGAAGAAUGAUAAUCCUACUACGACAUACAACCAUACUACGCUGAUUGUCGUAUUCAUCUUACUGGGAUUAUCAGCUCUGGGAGUGGGAUUAUGGUAUUUCCGUCGAUCUCGUACGCGUAAAUUGAUUUCUAAUGGUCUAGCAGAUCUGGAAGCAUCAGUACAGGAAAAGAGAUUGUCUACCGUAUCAAGGAUGACUAAUAGGCGAAGUUGGAUAAAGUUGAAUGAGGAAAUUGAACAGAUCGAAAAUGAAAAAUCAAACAAUUCCCUUUCAGUUUCAUUACCUUAUUCCCCUUCUGCCAAUCAUCAAAAUCAAAGUCAAAUUGAGAAACAGGAUCAAAGCGAUAAUCAAGCAUAUGAUUACAAUAUCAACAGUCAAAUGAGAUCUGUAGGAAAUAAUCUGAAUUCAUCGUCUUAUACUUUAAAUAAGAGAAGUUCCACUAUCAAUCAUUUCCCUGCUCCACCAUCAAACUUACCUCAAUUACCACCUUUACCACUCACACCACAACCACAAUCACGACUCAAAGAGAAUGAAAAUAUAUUUGAAUCUUCCGAAGUCCAAGUUCAAGUUCCAUCGGUCACGCAAUCGCGUCACGAACCUGAAAUUGGAGUAGCCACGACGACUAGUCUACCAGCUUCUUCCAGUCGCACGGCAGUUGCCAUAGAUGCCUAUCCAGGUAGGACGUUGACAGGUUCAGGAAAGGAGAUAUCAAAGUUGAAUGAUGGAGAUGGACUUGAUUUUAGUCAAAGUCAAGAGAAUUCACCAAAAAGACAAUCCCUUCCGUAUGUCCCUCCAGUACAAGAAGCAGAACGUACUCCGACUUUCAUUUCCCUAAGUCAGAUGAACCAUGAGAAAAAAUCACCGGAUUAUAGGAGUCCUACUGAGUCUUUAUAUGUGAUAUACAAGGAGAAAUAG